CUCCGAGACCUUCCUGUGCUUGGACUCUGUAAGGAAUCUUUCCUUUUAUUAUAGGUAUGUCGAGUAAUUCCUCGUUCUUCUAGUCGAUGGCGGCGAGAGAGGGACGAGAGGACAUGGAGAUGACGAAGCCGGAGGUGGUGAGAAAGGCGGAGAGGCUGGUGGUUUCGACCAUGGGAGGGCGGGACGCCUCCCACGACGCGGCCCACGCCUUCCGCGUCCGCGACCUGGCCCUCUCCCUCGCCAAAGAAGAGGGCUUGGAUUCCUUCCCUCAAAGCUUGGAGAUAGUCGAACUUGCUGCUCUUCUCCAUGACAUUGGAGAUUACAAGUACACCAAGGAUUUGGUCGAGGAUACUACAAUUGUGGAGAAGUUUCUUGAGGAGGAGGUGUUGGAGGAAAGCAAAAGGGAGAAAAUACUGGGGAUCAUAAAAGGAAUGGGUAAGCUUCUAUUGCAGGGGACUCCUAGCUUCAAAUUUAAAAUGGUUUUCCGAUUUUCAGGGGUAUUAUGCACUUGGAUUUUCUUUUUAGUAGAGAAAUAAUUGUUGGUUUCAUUU